AAAAAUGUCUGAAUUAAGGUUAAUUGAUAAAUGCUGAUAAAGUUUUAUCCACGUACAACUCUUCAGUUUUGCCUCAUCUGGCGAACUGAAACAGGACAGCCAACCUUACAAUGAUGAAGUCACACACCACUUUGUGUUCAUUAUAUUAUGUUGUUACACCUUAAAUUAUACACCGAAAAUACGUAUUCAUCAUUAAUUAUAAUAAUUAUGAUUAAUUAUAUAUAUUUAUUGAUAAAUAGGGCGAUGACGAGAGCACAUGUGUUGGCAGGUCUGUAGGGUGCGGUGUGGAGACAAUUUACAAGAAAGAUAAAAACCAAGAUAGUACUUUUAUAACAAAGGAGAUUUCAUCCAAGGAACUGACCCUCCAGUAGCUGAUUUCACAAACACUAUGAACAAAAGCUUGUUGCUGCCCUCUAUAACCAAGCCAACAAGAAUCUCUGAGACAAGUACCUCAUUACUUGACCAUAUCUGGACCAACACAAUAUCCUCACUACAAGCAGGUAUAAUCACAGACAACACCACAGACUACUACCCUCAAGAAACAAGAAAGAUCUCAUUUUGCCUGCUUGAUGAGACAUCGAUAACCAACCUAAUACUAGCACUAAGUGCCAUUGAUUGGCAGAGAGGGUUAGCUGACAGUAAUAAUAUUGUAGAUGAAUGGUUCACAGAACCGACACAUUGAUAAAUUAGACACAUGUGCAACUCUUGGGUAUCUUUAUUAAGGAAACGCCAGUCGAUGUGGUCAGUCCAUCAAUGAUGGACUGACCACAUCAACUCAAGGCUGAGGGACUGAUUACCUCAUUCUCCUGUUCUUCAAGCUUCUCCUGUGUAUGGACUGAUGAAGCCACUGUGUGGCAAAACAUUUCUUUAAUAAAGAUACCCAAGAGUUGCACAUGUGUCUAAUUUAUCAAUGUGUCGGUUCUGUGAACCAUUCAUCUACAAUCCUGUCAGACACUGCAACUUCUUGGGAUCUUAAUACUUGGGAAUUCUUCGCUUGCCUAACCCUUGGGCACGACCUACUUCCACAUUGUGCAAAUGUGACACCACCUACGACUGCUGCACCUCUCCUUCCUACGGUUUAUAAGCUCCUUCUCCGCUAAUAUGCCGUAUUCUAUUCAAGAUGGAUGGACUGACCACAUCAACUCAAGGUUGAGGGACUGAUUACCUCAUUCUCCUCCUGUUCUUCAAGCUUCUCCUGUGUAUGGACUGAUGAAGCCACUGUGUGGCGAAACGUUUCCUUAAUAAAGAUACCCAAGAGUUGCACAUGUGUCUAAUUUAUCAGUAAUAAUAUUGAUAAAGAUGUCAAAAUUUUUUUUUACAUAAAACCCUAAACCUCUGUAACAAGCAUUGUCCAAUCAAAAUGAAACAGAUCACAGAAAAGAGACUAAACAGCCCAUGGCUAACAAAAAGUAUCCUCAAAUCUAUUAAUAAAAAACACCAACUUGAAAAACAGUUCAGAUUAGGCCUAAUUACUAAAGAAUUAACUAAACGAUACACAUCAAUACUCACAAAACUAAUACGAAAAUCAAAGCAAAUGUAUUAUGAAAAUAGAUUUAUUGAAAUAAAGGUGAUAUGAAAAGUACAUACAUGACAAACCUUCUCCAAAAUUUUGGGCUCUAGGAAACCAUCUGGAAAUAGAGAGAUUAAGAGAGAGAUAUUCGGAUUUUUAACCCCUGAGGGUUAGCCACCCAGGAUAACCCAAGAAAGUCAGUGCGUCAUCGAGGACUGUCUAACUUAUUUCCAUUGGGGACCUCAAUCUUGUCCCCCAGGAUGUGACCCACACCAGUCGACUAACACCCAGGUACCUAUUUGCUGCUAGGUGAACAGGACAACAGGUGUAAGGAAAUGCGUCGAAAUGUUUUCACCAGCUGGGAAUCGAACCCGGGCCCUCCGUGUGUGAAGCGGGAGCUUUAGCCACUGGGCCACUUAAACUUAACUAAACCAGAUGAACCUCACAUACAGCCUAUAGACACGGCCGACAAAUUUAAUGUCUUCUCUACUGUAGGAUCAAAGCUAGCAAGUCAAAUUCCUAGUUCAAAUACCCAGCAGAAUGAGUACUUCACUGGCAACUACCCAAAUACUUUAUUUCUAGCUCAACUAAUUCCACUGAAGUCUCACUCAUCAUUAAAUCAUUAACUCGUAAACGGUCCAAGCAGAUCUAUGGUCACAUGUGUAGUGCUACAAAAGUAGAUCUACUUUUUUUUUUACAUAUUUUCAAAUAUAACCAAAAAAAAAAAAAAAGAUCAAAGUUUUUUUACACAUUUUCAAAUGUAACAAAACAAAAAGAAGAUCUACUUAUAUUACAUACUUUCAAAUGUUGAAAAAGCGUAUACUAUAUACGUUUGGACCAUUUACGGGUUAAAAAACAAAGCAGGUGAUCUAGAUAACUUGCCAAAAUUCGCCCCCCAAAAUUUCCAAUACCCCAACUACUUUUGAUUGUCACUGUUGUAUUCAAUGACCAUUCUACCUCAUAGUCUUAAUUGUGUUUAAUAUCUACAGAAUCUCCCUCCUUUUUUACAUCUUACCACUUCAUUGUUCUAUCUUAUUUUAAUUGAAACUAACCAUAGCUUGUCCUUCUCAGUUAUUCUACCUCACUUUAAGAAAUACUCUAUUGCCCAAUUUUAUUUUAAAAUCUCUAUUAUUUCCCAAUUUUACUUUACACUAUAUUGACCAACCUUAUUGUAAACUUUUUAUUAUUGCCCAUUUUUAUUUUAUACUUUAGUGCCCAACUUUAUUGUAAACUUUUCAUCUUAUUAUUGCACUAUUCUUGUCUUGAGUUAAUUACCCAAUCUUAUACUUGCCCAAUUUCACCAAUACUUUAUUGCCCAAUCUAUUUUAAACUUUUUAUUAUUGCCCUUUUUUAUUUGUAAAGUUUAUUACCCAAUUUUAUUAUAUACUUUUUAUAAUUGCCCUAUUCUAUUUUAGACUUUAUCACCCAACUUUAUUUUACUUUUCUUAACCUUUUGUUAUCAAAUUUUUAAGCUUGUAUAUUCAACUCCAACUUUUAUAUUAUCUUGUGUACCAUCUUACUAUCAUAUUAUAAUCAAGCCAUUGCCAUUUUUAUUUUUUUAUUUUUUACUUUCUUUUGCUACCUUAACUUGUGUAUUUUAUCUUGUCAAUUUAAAUUUAGUUAUACUCUAGUUCUUGUUAAUAACUUAUAUUAGACCUUAGUGCAGUUACAAGUGAGAGUCUUGUGCCAUUUUAAACUAGUAUUUUUUAUAUUAUUAGAUUAAACCUAGUUGUAUUUUAGCUCAUUCUAGCUCAAUACAUAGACAACACCAAAUUCAUUAUAUUAGACGUUAGUGCAAUUACAAGUGAGAGUCUGGUGCUAUACUCUAUAUUACCAAAGUGCUUUAGCUAUAUACUUGUCCAAACUUCCCACUACUACAGAUAUCAGUACUAGAACUCAACACACAAUUCAGGAUAUAAAUAACCACAAUUUAAACCUAGAUGAAUGAUCACGUCGACCCUGAUCUAAACCUCCAUAAUCUAAUACCCAAUCAAAACCUACUGGAAAGUAACUGCCUUUAUUACACAGCAUCACAAGCCAGCACUAUCCUAAACAGUGCUAAAAGUCUAUCAGUUCUUAACUACAACAUCAGGUCCUUAAGCAAACACUAUGAUGACCUCCUGGCACUCCUUGAGUUGCUAAAGACACCCUUCUCCUGCAUUAUUCUUACUGAGACCUGGCUUAAGCAGGACACAAUAGAUAUCUACCCUCUACCAGGAUACACAGCAAUCCACAACUGCAGACCAUACCAAGUUGGGGGUGGUAUUACAAUCUAUUACUCUAACCAACUAUCUUGUAUUAGCACCACUUGCUUUAGUGAUGAAUAUGGGGAAUACAUUUUUGCUAAUUUUACUGUAGAAAACCUUAAGACGCCUAUAAAAAUUGGUGCCAUUUACCGGAUACCCCACACAAACAUCCCAAAUUUCAGUUAGAAAUUAAAGGCACUAAUAACAAACAGACAAAUGAACAAGCACCACCUUCUCUUAGCUGGAGACUUCAUUAUCAACCUUGGCCUACUAGAUGAUCAGCCUGUAACUGAUUUCAUCAACAAUAUGAACAACACACUUCUCAUACCAACAAUAACUAAACCAACCAGGCUCACUGAGACAAGUGCAACCAUAAUAGACCACAUAUGGACCAAUAUACUAGCCCCCUUAAAUCAGGGAUAAUCACAGACAGCACUACAGACCACUACCCUACCUUCCUCUUAACAAACAUUAGUAAACCAUCACUGGAAUGCAACAAAGUUUCAUUUAGACUCCAUGAUGAGGCCUCAAUAAGGAAGUUCACAGCAGACCUAGAGACUGUUGACUGGCCUACAGAAUUCUCCAAGGCCAAUGGUAUUGACGAUUGGACAGACAUUUUUCUUAACAAAUUACUUAGACUAUACAACAAACAUUGUCCUAUAAAAACGAAACAGAUCACGAAUAAACGGCUCGGUUGCCCAUGGCUAACCAGAAGCAUUCUGAAAUCCAUUGAUAAGAAACACCAAUAUGAAAAGCAAUAUAGACAGGGCUUAAUACACAAAGAUAUUCUUAAACACUGUUCAUCAGUUCUCACCAAAGUAAUAAAGAAAGCCAAACAACUGUACUACUCCAGCAGAUUCACUGACACAAGAGGAGAUAUAAAAAAGACCUGGAAAACACUCUCCCAGAUUCUGGGCACCCACAAACUGAAAAAAAACAAGAAUAUUGUCCUAACUAAACCUAAUGAAGCACCACUGCAUCCCACUGAUACAGCUAACAAGAUAAACGACUUCUUCUCAACCAUAGGAUCUAAUCUUGCCAGUAAAAUCCCACGUACCAACACCCAUGCCGGGGACUACCUAGAUGGAAAUUUCCCAAAUUCCUUCUAUCUUGUACCAACUGAGCCCACCGAAGUCAUCGAGAUUAUAAAGUCGCUUAAAAAUAACUCAGGGGAUCUGUCUCAUGUCCCACCAUUAUUGUACAAGCGAGUGGCCCAUGUCCUUUCGCAUGCUAUUUCAUUGCUUUUUAACAAGUCACUAGAAACUAGCACUUUAAAAAUAACUCAGGGGAUCUGUCUCAUGUCCCACCAUUAUUGAACAAGCGAGCGGCCCAUGUCCUUUUGCAUGCUAUUGCAUUACUUUUUAACAAGUCACUAGAAACUAGCACUUUCCCGAAACCACUCAAGACAGCAAGGGUUACACCAAUACAUAAAGGUGGUGACCCUACAGAUGUAAACAACUAUAGGCCAAUAUCAAACUUGCCAUUGCUAUCCAAAAUCUUUGAGAAACUCAUGCACAGGAGACUAUGUUCAUUUAUAACGGCACAAAACAUACUCAACCCCUGCCAAUUUGGAUUUAGGAAAAAUAAAAGCACUAAUGAUGCAAUUGUAAAAAUGCUAGAUCUGCUUUACACAGCAUUGGAAAAGAAUGAAUAUCUGCUAGGAAUUUUUAUUGACCUAAGAAAAGCUUUUGACACAGUAGACCACAGCAUCCUACUACACAAACUUGACCAUUAUGGUAUAAGAGGCCAUGCGCUUGCAUAUUUCAAAUCCUACCUUACUAAUAGGUAUCAGUAUGUCACCAAUAAAGACACAGCAUCAUCAGCACAGCCACUUGAUACUGGAGUUCAGCAGGGAAGUGUCCUUGGACCCUUGCUCUUCUUCAUUUACAUCAAUGAUCUUCCAAACGUAUCCCAACACCUGAAACCCAUUCUCUUUGCUGACGACACGACUUAUGUCAUUUCUCACCCUAAUCUUGCCACAUUCAAUACCAUUGUUAAUGAGGAGCUGCUCAAAAUAUCGACUUGGAUGACAAAACACUGACAAAACCUACUAUAUUAUGUUUGGUAGCAGAGCAGGUGUUGUGCAACUUAACAUUAAGAUCAACAACACUCUAAUUGCCAGACAUAAUGAGGGCAAAUUCCUAGGCCUAUACCUCGACAACAACCUGAAUUUCAGCACCCAUAUCCAACACAUAACAAGAAAAGUAUCCAAAACAGAUGGGAUCCUCUCCAAGAUACGAUACUACGUGCCACAAAAUGCCCUUCUCACACUAUACCAUUCACUCAUUUAUCCAUACCUCACCUAUGCUAUUUGUGCUUGGGGAUCAACUGCAGCAACACACCUAAAGCCAAUAAUAACCCAACAAAAGCUGCAGUAAGAAUAAUCACUAAAUCCCAUCCCUGGCAACACCCCCCCCCCACUCUUCAUAGAUCUAAACUUACUCCCUGUUCAGAACAUCCACAGUUACUACUGUGCAAUCUACAUCUACAAGACCUUAAAUUCCAAUAUUAACCUUGACCUAAAAUGCUUUCUUGAUAGUUGUGACAGGACCCACAGGCAUAACACCAGACACAAACAUCUCUACGACAUUUCCCGUGUCCGACUAAACCUUUACAAAAAUUCCAUGUAUGUCAAAAGCCCUAAAAUCUGGAACACCCUACCUGAAAAUUCUAGAAAUGCAGACACAUUCAUCACCUUCAAAACUACCGUUAGAAAACAUCUUAUCUCCCUGAUACACCUCGUCAACUAACUACAUGAAAAUCACCUGGUGGUUCUCACUUACUCACUCACUAUAAGCACAGAAAUAUGAAUCUUAAUCUUAAAAUAAUGAUUCCUAACUAGUCAUAAGUUUGCCUGUGAUACUCCAAUAUAGAAACUAUAUAUUGUGCCAAAACAAAAGCAUUCACAUUGCUAAACUCACCAACUAGUAUUUAGUCACUUAGUAUUUAGUCAUCUUACUCCAUAAUUUGUAAUAAUUUAGGGUUAAGAAUUAAUCUAAGUUUGCCCAAAAUGCCUAGCCAUGCUAGGUGUCCUAGUGGCCCCCUCUGUAAUUAGUAUUUUAUUACAUGUAAACCACACAAUAACCAAAAUCUGUAAACCCUGCAUUGUAAUCCUUAUAGAGAAUAAACUUGAUUGAUUGAUUAUUCAUAUAUGAAAAAGCUGCACAUGAGCUGUCACCAAUUAUUGCAACAAUGUUUAACAAAUCUGUAGCAUCCUCAACCUUCCCAUCUAUACUCAAGAGAGCAAGGGUUACCCCAAUCCACAAAGGAGGUGAUCCAACUGACUUGAACAACUAUAUACCCAUAUCAAACUUGCCCUUACUUUCCAAGAUAUUCAAAAAAAUAAUACACAAGCAACUUUACUCCUACCUUACAUCCAACAACAUACUUAAUCCCUGCCAAUUUGGGUUUAGACAAAAAAAAAAAAAGUAUAAAUGACGCUAUUAUACAAAUGCUUGAAGUAACAUACACAGCUCUUGAUAAAAAUGUGUAUCCUCUGGGACUCUUCAUCGACCUACGAAAAGCCUUUGAUACAGUAGACCAGUAAUACCACAGACCACUACCCUACUUUCCUCAUAACAACUCUUGGUAAAAUACCCCAAGACACUACUAAAGUCACCUUCAGACUUCACAAUGAGGCAGCCAUUAAUAACUUCACAACAGCAGUAACAAACAUUGACUGGCACACUGAGCUAGAAAUCUAUACAGAUAUUGACGAAUGUUUUAAUAAUUUUCUAAAAAAGACCCAAUACCUUUAUAACAAGCACUGCCCUAAAAAAACUAAACAGAUGACAGCUAAGAGACUGAACAGUCCCUGGCUAACACCCAGCAUUCUCAAAUCCAUAAAUACAAAACACCGAUAUGAAAAACAGUACAGAAUGGGUCACAUAACCAGAGACCAAACAAGAUGUUACUCGUCAAUCCUAACCAGCCUGAUAAGAAGGGCAAAAAAAUUGUAUUAUGAGAACAGAUUAUCCAACUUAUGAGGUGAUAUAAAAAAGACCUGGAAGACCCUAUCAGAAAUUCUGGGAACAAAAAAGAUAUCACGACAUAGCGAAAUAAAAUUAGCAAAAUCAGAUGAACCCCAACUCCCACCAACAGAAACAGCAAACAGACUCAAUGAUUUCUUCUCCACUAUAGGUCAAAACCUUGUCAAUAAAAUCCCAAGCUCAGAUACCCCACCAAAUGACUACCUCACUGGCAACUACCCGAACACACUGUUCCUAGCUCCGACUAACCCAUACGAAGUCUCCCUUAUUAUCAACGCACUGAAAAACAAGGCAGGAGAUUUAAAUACCUUACCACCCUUAAUAUACAAAAAAGCAUCACAAGUACUAUCACCAAUCAUUGCAACACUCUUUAACAAAUCCAUUGAAUCCUCCACCUUCCCCACAGUUCUCAAAAUAGCAAGGGUCACCCCGAUCCAUAAAGGAGGAGACCAAACAGAGUUGAAUAACUAUAGGCCAAUAUCCAAUUUACACCCUCUCUCAAAAAUCUUCGAAAAAUUAAUUUAUAAACGAAUCUACUCCUACUUCAUCUCCCAAAACAUUCUCAACCCCUGCCAAUUUGGAUUCAGGCCUAAUAAAAAUACUAAUGAUGCUAUUAUACACAUGCUAGAACAUAUAUACACUGCAAUAGAGAAAAAAGAAGUCCCACUGGGGAUCUUCAUUGACUUACGUAAAGCUUUUGAUACAGUUGACCAUGACUUGCUCCACGUAAAAUUGUCACACUAUGGUAUUAGAGGGCACUCCCUCAACUACCUCAGCAACAGAAACCAAUAUGUGUACGCAAAUGGGGCAAGCUCUUCCGCACAACCAAUUACAGCUGGUGUCCCACAGGGAAGUGUCCUUGGCCCUCUUCUCUUUCUCCUAUAUACAUAAAUGACCUACCAAAUGCUUCGCAAUUACUCAAACCCACACUUUUUGCAGAUGACACUACAUACGUCUUCUCUCACCCGAGCCCAGUCACGCUAGCCAAUACUGUAAACACCGAAUUACAGAAAAUAUCUACCUGGAUGAGGACUAACAAACUUACACUAAACAUUGACAAAACCUACUUCAUUCAGUUUGGUAACAGAGCUACAGAUGUACCUCUUAACAUAACGAUAAACGGAUCACCUAUCACAAAGCUAACAGAGGGAAAAUUCUUAGGAAUCCACCUCGAUAAUAGACCCAAAUUUCAUACACAUGUACAACAAAUUUCUAAGAAAAUUUCCAAGACUGUAGGCAUACUAUCGAAGAUACGGUACUAUGUUCCACAGUCAGCCCUCCUGGCCCUUUAUCACUCUCUUAUUUACCCCUAUCUCACCUAUGGAAUUUGUGCAUGGGGCUCAACAACAAUUAACCAUCUCAGAUCACUAAUUACCCAACAAAAGGCUGCAGUUAGAAUGAUAACAAAUUCUCACUACAGGCAACACACUCCACCAAUAUUCAAAACACUCAACCUACUCACCAUACAAAACAUCCAUACUUAUUAUUGCACCUAUUACAUACAUAGAACACUUAACUCUGAUAUUAACCCUCCCCUCAAACAUCUCCUUGCCAACCUCAACAGAACACAUGACCAUAACACAAGGCACAGAUCACUCUUUGAUGUUCCUCGUGUCCAUCUCACGCUAUGCAAAAACUCAAUGCACAUAAAAGGCCCUAAAAUCUGGAAUUCAUUACCUGUAAAUAUAAAAGAAACACUACCUGUUUACAAAUUCAAGUCUCUUCUCAAAGUUCACUUACUCACUCAAAACCAAAUAAUACUGAAUAACUGAACCUUGUAAAUUGUAUAUCCAAAAUGUUACUCACAAUUAUAUCACAUAAAUGUUAAACCUAGGACCCAAUCUAACUUUGUUAUUUUUUUUAAAUACACUACCUAACAGAAUACUCCAUUCUACUGAAUGAACAGCAAUGCAUGCAACCAUAUGACCUGUCUUUGUAAUACUCAUUUGUGCUUUAUAGUUAUCUGUUUACAAUAAUGUCUUAUCACUGAUUUCAUCAUUGCUUAGUUAAUCUUAAGUUAAUUUUAAGCCAGCCCGUAAUGCUAUGCAUAUAAGUGGCUUUGGCAUGCUGCUCUUACCUGUAUUUUUUUUGUACCUCUGUAUGUAUGCUAAAAUUUCUAAAUAAAUAAAUAAAUAAAUAAAUCUCAGACUGAAUCAUUACGGCAUCAGAGGACAUUCUCUUGACUACCUAAAAUCCUAUCUUAACGACAAACACCAGUACAUAUGUAUAUGCAAAUGGAGUCAAUUCCGCUAUCUAACCUGUAGCUGUAGGAGUACCCCAGGGUAGUGUCCUAGGCCCACUCCUCUUUCUCAUCUACAUCAGUGAUCUUCCCAGUGCAUCCCAACUCCUUAAACCAAUUCUAUUUGCAGAUGACACUACAUAUGUCUACUCCCAUUCAGACCCGGCUGUACUUAGAAACACUGUAAACAAUGAACUGCUAAAGAUAUAUAAUUGGAUGAUGACCAACAAACUCACUCUCAACAUAGACGAAACAUACUUCAUGCUGUUUGGCAACAGAGCCUUAAAUAUUCAACUUAACGUAUUGAUAAAUGGUUCCCCUAUAUCAAGACACAUGGAGGUCAAAUUCCUAGGUCUUCUCCUUGACUGUAAUCUUAAAUUUCAGUCCCACACCCAUCACAUAGCUAAGAAAAUUUCCAAAUCAGUAGGAAUCCUUUCCAAGAUACAGUACUAUGUAUCACAAAUGACACUCCUUACCCUAUACCACUCUAAUAUAUCCUUACCUCACUUUGGUAUUUGUGCUCAACCACAGCCAACGACCUUAGAUGCUUAAUAAUCCAACAAAAAGCUGCUGUGCAGGUGAUAUCCAGCUCCUGUGCUAGACAGCACACCCCAUCACUUUUCAAAAGACUCAGCUUGCUAAAUAUGCAAGUCAUACACUCAUAUUGUUGUGCCUACUAUAUAUACAGAACAUUAAACUCCACUGUAAACCCUCCCUUAAAACUACUCCUUGACAGUUACAACAAAAUGCAGUCACAAUACAAGGCAUAAGGCACUUUUCAACAUCCCUCGAGUCAGACUCUUACUAUGCAAGAACACUAUGCACAUAAAGGGCCCGAAGAUCUGGAACUCGCUACUGGAACAGGUCAAGGAUCCCCUGACAGCUUAUAAAUUUAGGACUUUGCUAAAGAAUCAUCUUAUCUCUCAAUAUUAACCAAAUCAACCAAAACAUCUGCUAAUUAGUCUUAUUAUGUGACCUCUAGGCUUUUAAUUCUGCCAAUCCAUAAAAUGUUACCACCUGAACCAUUACUUGUAAGGUAGAUUUUGUGUACAAUUUCAAGAUUAUUUUACCGAACCCUACUCCACCUUACUACCUCACAUUUGUAUUAAGUUUAAAUAAGAUUGUAAAACAGUUAACCACUACUUCUUGUCUAGUUUUAAGUAUAGCUACUAUGUACUAUUAUCUUAUCUAGUUUUAAUUAGUUACUAUGUAUUAGGAUUAGUCUGCCUAAAAUGCCUCGGCAUGAUAGUGGCUAUCUUUGUACUUAGUAAAUCAAAAUUGUAAUUACACACUGUAACCCUUACAAAGAAAUAAACUUUACUGUGUUCUAGGGAGUACAGGUUUAGGAACGUCAAGCAUUCCCGGUAAUUGAGGUGGUUUAUCGCAGUUAUGUGUGCCGUGAAAGUUCUCUAUACAUUUUCUAGGUCAGCAAUUUCACCUGCCUUGAAAGGGCUGUUAGUGUGCAGCAAUAUUCCAGUCUAGAUAGAACAAGCAACCUGAAGAGUGUCAUCAUGGGCUUGGCAUCCCUGGUUUUGAAGGUUCUCAUUGUCCAUCCUGUCAUUUUUCUAGCAGAUGCGAUUGAUACGAUGUGAGAUCCUCUGAUAUGAUCACCUCCAGGUCUUUAACAUUAGUUUUUCGCUCUAUUGUGUGGUUGGAAUUUGUUUUAUACUCCAAUGAAGUUUUAAUUUCCUCACGUUUUCCAUAUCGGAAUAAUUGAAAUUUCUCAUCAUUGAACUUCAUAUUGUUUUCUGCAGCCCAUUUAAAGAUUUGGGUGAUGUCCGCCUGGAGUCUUGCAGUGUCUUCAGUAGAGGACACUUUCAUGCAAAUUCGGGUGUCAUCUGCAAAGGAAGACACGGCGCUGUGGCUUAUAUCCCUGUCUAAGUACGUUAUGAGGAUGAGGAACAAGAUGGGGGCGAGUACUGUGCCUUGUGGAAGACAGCUUUUCACCAUAGCCACCUCAAACUUUACUCUGUUGACUACUACUCUUUGUGUUCUAUUUGUUAGGAAAUUAUAGAUCCGUCUACUGACUUGUCCUGUUAUUCCUUUAUCAUGCAUUUUGUGCGCUAUUACACCAUGGUCACACCUGUCAAAGGCUUUUGCAAAGUCUGUGUAUAUUACAUCUGUAUUCUUUUGGAACAGACAGGAGUGACCUGUUCUAAACCCAUAUUGCCCUGGAUUGUGUAAUUGAUGGGUAUCUGGAUGGGUAGUGAUCUUGCUUCUUAGAACCCUUUCAAAGAUUUUAAGAUGUGGGACAUUAGCGCUAUCGGUCUGUAGUUCUUUGCUAUUGCUUUACUGCCCACUUUGUGGAGUGGGGCUAUGUCUGUUGUUUUUAGUAACUGUGGGAUGACCCCAGUGUCCAAGCUUCCUCUCCACAGGAUGUUAAAAGCAUGUGAUAGGGGCUUCUUGCAGUUCUUGAUGAACAUGGGGUUCCAUGAGUCUGGGCCUGGGGCAGAGUGCUUGGGCAUGGCAUUUAUCACCUUUUCAAGUCAUUUGGUAUCAGGAUAAUAUCAGAUAUGUGUGUGUCUACCAAAUUCUGUCUCUCUCUCUCAUAAAAAAUUCAUUUAGGUCUUCGACUCUCAGUUUGGUUAGUGGCUCACUAAAAACCGAGUCAUAAUGGAACUUGAGUAGCUCACUCAUUUCCUUGCUGUCAUCUGUGUAGGACCCAUCCCAUUUAAGUAGGGGCCCAAUACUGGAUGUUGUUCUAGACUUUGAUUUGGCAUAAGAAAAAAAAAUACUUUGGGUUUCUUUCAAUUUCAUUUAUGGCUUUUAGUUCUUGCAUUUCUUGACUCCUGUAAGAUUCCUUUAGCUUUAGUUUAAUGUUUGCUAUUUCUCUGGCCAGUGUCUCCCUACAUAUUGCAGAUAUAUUGGCCUCUUGUAGCCGCUCUGUUAUUCUUUGCCUUCACCUGUAUAGGGAGUGCCUCUCUCUUUCUAGUUUACAUCAUCCCCUUUUUGUUAAGGGAAUAUGCCUUGAGCAUACCUUAAAUGCCACAGAAUUAAUUUGUUCUAGACAUAGGGUAGGAUCCGUGUUGCUUAGUCUAUCUUCCCAGUUUAUAUCAUUUAGGACUUGGUUUACUUGGUCUCACCUCCUGCUUCAACUCAUCUCACCGCAGUAUAUAAGCCACCUCUCUGGCCCUAUGCUGCACUUACUACAAGAGUGAUGGACUGGACACAUCGAUUCCAGGUUGAGGGACUGAUUACCUCAUACUUCUACUCUCCUUACCCAUUUCUACUUUGUACUGGACUGAUGAAGCCACUGUGUGGCGAAACGUUUCUUCAAUAAAGAUUCCCGUUGCAUAAGUGUCUCAAUUCUUCAACUUGUCAGUUUUCAAAACCAUUCAUCACAUCUGUCAGACACUGCAACAUCAUGGGAUCUUGGUACAAAGACUUCAACGCUUGCCCAACCUUUGGACGACGACCUACUUACACUAGUGGCAGGUCCCACUGUGAUCCCGCCACCUCCUGCUUCAACUCAUCUCACCGCAGUAUAUAAGCCACCUCUCUGGCCCUAUGCUGCACUUACUACAAGAGUGAUGGACUGGACACAUCGAUUCCAGGUUGAGGGACUGAUUACCUCAUACUUCUACUCUCCUUACCCAUUUCUACUUUGUACUGGACUGAUGAAGCCACUGUGUGGCGAAACGUUUCUUCAAUAAAGAUUCCCGUUGCAUAAGUGUCUCAAUUCUUCAACUUGUCGGUUUUCAAAACCAUUCAUCACAAGGUGAAUUUGGUGCAGAGAUUUAAAAGCUCAUGUGUGUGCGAGUUUUCAUCUGAGCUGCCUCCUGGUGUUACCUCUGCUACCACAUUUGCUGUAUAGUCCUUGUGGCUUAGCGCUUCUUUUUGAUUAUAAUAAUAAUGCUACCACAUUAUUUACUAUAUUCCUCCAUUUUAGGUGCCUUAGGUUGAAAUCCCCCAGGAGCAAGAUGUUGGGGGCAGGAGCUUGAAGAUUUUCCAGACAGUGGUCAAUUUUCAAAAGCUGUUCCUGGAAUUGUUGGGACAUUGCAUCCUUUGGCUUGUAUACAACCACAAUGAUCUUUUCUGCUAAAACUUCAACUAGAUCAUUUGAGGCAUUCAGUAGUUCUGAGCAUAUAAGUGACUCUGUGAUAUUCAGGCCAACCCCCUCUUCCCCUUUUGCCUGUUCAUUGUCACAUCUGUAUAGGUUGUAACCUGGGAUCCAUAUUUCAUUGUCCAAGUGAUCCUUUAUGUGGGUCUCUGUGAAAAAUGUGAACAUUGCAUUUGACUCUGUAAGCAGUCCACGGAUGAAAGGUAUUUUGUUAUUCGUUGCUGGCUUUAGACCCUGUAUAUUUGCAAAGAUGAAUGUUGUCAGAUUGGUGGUAUGGGGGGAUCUUUUUUUCCUGGCACUAAUAUCUGUUGUUUUGGAGUGGAGGCCAUCGCUUGUGAUUCCACUCCAGAAAUGACUGGAAUUGGCGUACAAUUUCUGUCAUUUCCUGCCAGCUUUUUUUCCUUCCUGGCACUAUAAAACCUCUAAGAAAUAAUUUCUUCAAUUGUGCAGGGAAAUCCUCAGUGGCAGCAUGAUCAGCAACUGCAUUUUCACCACUUAGUUUAAUAUGCAUGCAAUUGCACAAUUUAAAAUUGUGGAACCAGCCAAAACUUGGUAAUUUUUCUGUCUUAUUAGUUGUUGUGACCAAUGUAACAUUCUUUUCAGGAGGUCAUAACAUGGAUUACUGAUCUUAUCUUCUCAUUCCUUCUAGUUGUAUGAACUGUUGCUUUGAGACCAAAGACUUGCACAUCUACAUCGCAUUGUGCACCACUUUGGGCAUAUCUAAUAUCUCAGUAUUUUUAAUAUAUGUAGACCUUUAUACUUAUUCUUCUUGCCCCCUCCAUCAUCACUUGUACUCCUCUUGGGUGUUCUGGUUACUAUCCACAGACAAGAUGGACUGAUAAAAAAUGAAAAAAAAUGAUUUGGUAAUACAGUGGUACCUUGGCUUACAUGUUUAAUUCGUUCUAUGACCAAGCUCGGAACUCAGUUUGCUCGUAUGUCAAAUCAGUUUUCCUCACUGAAAUUAACUGAAAUGCCAUUAAUCCUUUCCAGCCCCCAAAAAAACCACCCCAAUUUUUUUGUUACGGGUUGUUAAAUAAGAAAAAUAUCUUUAUAAAUAAGAAAUGAUUUUUGCCUUUUUUGCCAGGUCCCAGCAAUGUUUCAGAAAUGCUAGAGUAUAUAUGAAAUUCCUUGUAGCACGGUGUAAGAUGAGUAUCACUCCACUACUGACAGUGCAGCAGUGGAGUGACAUUUGAUGAUCAUACACUGCCUUGGCUUUAUUUUUCACUGUUACACAUAAACAUGUCUGUGUCUGUUUCUGCCUCUGUCUAUCUGUUUGUUUCUGUCUAUUUGUCUGUCUAGCUCUGUCUAUGUUUAUCUCUGUCUCUACUUAUCUGUCUUUCUGUCUGCCUGUGUUUCUGUCUUCCUGCCUCUCUAUUUGUCUCUGUCUCAGAGAGCCGCUCGUGAACCAACAGGUAUUACACACAAUGCAGAGUUGUCAUGUCUGA